AUGGACGACACAUAUUUAGACGUCACGGCUGGAUACAUCGAUGAUUGUAAAAUAACACAAAUUGAUUAUCAUUCUUUUUUACCGUAUUCAACAUCAGCUCUUUCUAAUAAUGAUGAGGUGCGUAUUGCUUUACAUAACACAGAGUCUUAUACUUCACCGUGCGAGAGUUAUAUUUACAUCGAGGGAACAAUAACCAAACCUACAGAAAUAACUGACGAGAUUAGAUUUAUAAACAACGGACUGGCAUUUCUUUUCUCUGAAAUGAAAUAUGAAAUAAACGGAAAUCAAAUUCAGAAACUCAUCAAUCCGGGUAUAUCGACCACAUUAAAAGAAUAUUGUUCGUACAAUAAAACAAAUAUUUCCUCACACCAAAACGCUGCCUGGGAUAGUGAUUUUAAAAAUGUUAAUAAAGAUUUUAUUGAUAGCGGUAAUUUUAACGGAUGUAUUAAUCUUAAACAUUUGUUUGGUUUUUGCGAAGAUUAUAAACGCAUUUUAAUAAACUGUAACCAACAACUCAUAUUAAAUAGAGCUUCGAUUGAUAUGAAUGCAAUCAAACAGUAUAAAAAUAAUGAAGCUGUCGUAGACGCUCCUAAACUAAAAGACGUUAAAAUAAACAUAACAAAAAUAUUGUGGCGGAUGCCUAUAGUGAGAGUUAGCGAUAGAGAAAAAGAAAUAUGUCAUAAUCGGUUUUCAAACUGA